AAGUUAUCGAUUUAUACAACGCCAUCUAAGCAGAGAGAACGUAAACAACAAUUUUCGUCUGCUAUUCUUCUUGAAGAAAAAAUGACUUCAAUAUUACAAAAUGUUUUCAGGCUGACUUCAAAUAUAAUCAAUUCAAGCAGAAAUGCUGGGUUACCAAUGCUCAGGCAAACACUUGGAUGUACAUCAUCAAUCCUCCAGAAAUACAAUCAAAUGCUGUUUACCGGUGACAGGUCUAUGAGCAACCUCCUCCUUAAAAUGCAUUUGAAAGGGCCACACAAAAAAGUCAGGCCACCCAAGAAUCCCCUCAGCGGGAGUCCCAUGCUGAAAGGGGUGGUCUUGAAAACUGUCAUCAGGAAACCCAAGAAGCCUAAUUCAGCCAACAGAAAGUGUGUGAUUGUAAGACUCAGCAACGGCAAGGAAAUGUGUGCCUACAUACCUGGAGAAGGCCACAAUCUUCAAGAACACAAUAUAGUGCUGGUGCGAGUUGGCCGAGUCCCAGAUCUUCCUGGUGUCAAACUCAAGUGUAUUAGAGGUAAACAUGAUCUCGGUCAUGUCAUUAAGAAGAAAUAGUUCAAUAGAACAGCAAUCGUUGCAGAGCACUAGAAUAAAAUGGAUAUGUUUUCAGAUCUCUCA